UUUCUUUCUUAUUAUUGGUUUCUAUCAAUUCUUCCAAGAUUUGUAUGACCAUCAGCUCAAUUCCGAGGGACUUUCCUAGGUUGUAUUGGUUCUUGUACUUGUACUUUCCAUUCUUCCUUUGGUGAUCAAUUCAAACUUUCACACUCUUUCAUUGAAAUAAUCAACUCGCUGAAGUGAAGAGUGAGGAUAUAUAUUAAUUGAUUCUUCCUGCAUCUGCCAAUUCUACUUAUCCACUUGGAUUGUCAAAGCUUUCUACAAUCUACCGGAGGCGACGUAUCUCGGCGCAAAUCAAAACAGAUACGACAGUGAGAUAAUUAAGGACAACGACAAAUAUAUGUGGAGAGGGUUGAAUAUCUACGAGCUUCGCAGCUCGUUCUAUUCAUUUCGUAGGUAAUUCACGAAGUUAUGGCCUCAUCAUAUUCUCUGCCAGCUUCAGCAAUUACGAAUAGUCAUCACGGACAUGGACACGGACACGGACAUUCACAUUCAAGUCGAUCAUCACAAUACUCCGCGAAUAGAUCAAGACCGUUGAAUCAAUCGACCUCGAGUCUGCAUGAUCAUUCUCACAAUCACUCCGAAACUCUCCAUGAAAAUGAACACGAAAACGAUCAUGGUCACUCCCACUCUCAUUCGCAUGGCCACACACACAGUCACAGCCAUGAACACUCCACAUCAUAUCUACCGUCACCCUUAUAUGGUGAAGCAAGCCCUAUGUCUGCCAAUUACGAAAAGGGAGCAUCAUAUGGGACUUAUGAACCCCCGGUGAGUGAUGUACAUGUUACACCUCACGAACAUCAUGAUCAUGACCACGACCAUACACACGGUACAACGACAGAGAUGAAAUCGCGAUUUACAAGCUUGAUACUACCAUACGCGCAAAAGUGGCCGCUUCUACAUACAAUUCUAGCGAGUAAAGAUUCAAGAAGGAUAUUUUAUUUUAUGAGGUUGGCAUUCUUCUAGAUUUUAUAGAAGGAUUAUACUAAUUUUACCAGUCUCAAUUUUGCCUUCAUGAUAGUCCAAGCAUUUUAUGGGUUCGUCACCGAUUCUCUCGGCCUUUUGAGCGAUAGUAUACAUAUGUUUUUCGAUUGUUUAGCGCUUGGAGUGGGAUUGUUUGCUGCAGUUGCAAGUAAAUGGCCACCUAGUCAGAGGUUUCCAUAUGGAUUUGGAAAGAUUGAAAGUUUGUCGGGAUUUGGAAACGGUGUAUUUCUUAUGUAGGUAAACCUUUUUUAGACGGCUGACAGUGACUAACAGCUUUGCAGACUUAUUAGCAUUGAAAUUAUGAUAGAAGCGACUGAACGAUUAGCAGAAGGACGAGAAACGAAACGAUUGAUGGAACUUUUUGUUGUCAGUUCCUUAGGAUUGGCAGUCAAUUUGGUAGGCAUGGCUUGUUUUGGUCAUCAUCAUCAUGGACAUGACCAUGGCGAUCAUGACCACGGACAUGACCACGGAAAUGAUCAAGGACAUUCUCACGGGCAUUCCCAUUCCCAUUCUCACGACUCUCAUUCCCAUGAUGGACCUUGUGAACACGAUCACAAAAAACAACCCUCGAUUCUCCACGAUGAUCAUUCACAUUCACAUUCACAUGGAGGUCAUUCGCAUGACAAUGAAAAUAUGAGAGGUAUCUUUCUUCAUGUACUCGCAGAUACAAUGGGCAGUGCUGCAGUCAUUGUCUCUACAAUUUUGAUACAUUUUGUCGGAUGGUCUGGUUGGGAUCCUCUCGCAUCUUGUCUCAUUGCGGUUCUUAUCUUCCUUUCUUCAAUUCCUCUGGUCAAAAGUAGUGCCAAGAAACUACUCCUGACCAUUCCUGAUGAUACAGAAUACAACCUCCGAAAUACAUUAACUGGCGUGAGUGAUUUGCGUGGAGUUCAAGCUUACACCGUUCCAAAGUUCUGGCUAGGCGAUAAGAACCAAAUGGUAUUAGGAGUUAUGCAUGUAGUUGCAACUAGAGGAUCAGAUCUUGAAGAUGUUUUGACGAGAACAAGAGCAUUUCUUUUGAGUAAAGGGGUAGAUGUUGUGGUUCAGGUUGAGAAAGAUGGAGAUGUAAGCUGUUGGUGUGGAGGAGCUGGCAAUAGUAGUCGCUCGAAUACAAAUUCGAGAUUUUCAUAGUCGCACGAGCUUUAUGGAUAGGAAUUCUUUGAUGGGAGAUAUAUUAUGGGGUAUGGGAUUAAACAGGAUAUACAUGUAUAAAUGGAUAUCUUUGUAGACGGGCGGAGCACGCUCAGGGCAUUUAGAAAUAUGAGUUAGAUUAGUAGACAAUGAUACCAUGUAUGUCAUCUCCCUAGUGGGUCUUUUUG